AGAUGAUGGCUGUCUGCUGGCUGGAAGAACGCAAACGGGAAGGAAAAAAUCGUUGUUAUCGAUGAUAAAAACGACGGAAGAGUAUAAAAACCACAGCGUGAAAGUGGAAUAUACUUUUUGAAGAUGACACUAGACAUGUCAGGGAAUCUUUUGAUGAACAAUUUUUUGUCAGAUGACCCCUCACUUUAGGCGCAUUUCCGAGUCAAAUGUGACCAGAUCACAAGUGCUUUUUUAAGUCUCCCCGAGCAGGCAGAUAAUGGCUCGACUGCUCUGCGUUUAUCGUUUUCAACAAAAAUAAACGAAAAAACACGUCCAUCCGACAACUAACACGACGUUAAAUGAUAGAUAGGAGUUUUAUUGAAAUGGUGAUACUUACCUUUGGGAACUUUGUGAUAGAUUGCGGCUCAAAAAAUGUGAACGUAUUCUUGAGUCUCUAAAGCGUUGUUCUCGCUAUAAAACGAAGGGACGACAAAAAAAAGGAAAAAGAACAUAGGAGAGCAACAGGAGACACGUUUCCCAUGAUGCAUCUGGGGACAAACACGUUACAUACAUGCAUCAACAUGAUAAACAAUGACCACACUCAAGUGGUCAUUUUUUAGUUAUUUAUUUUUUUUAAAAUCCUGAUUAUAUACAUUUUUGUUUGUUUAGGUUAUUACAUUUUUUUUUAUUAAAUGUAUUUUUUCUAGAAAGCAAAAAAAAGUAACCAAAGCACAAUCAGUGUCCGAGGGAGAGUAGAAAAUGAGUGAUAUUUGGUGUUUUAGACUUUUAAUACUAUAUUGACAAUUUGUAUAUAUGUGAUAUUAUGAAUAUACACAAUUUUAAUUUAAACCAGCACACCAAUACUCUGAGUAUCACGCAAUAUGUUGUUAAAACCCGUAAUUUGUUGUAAAUAAAUAUAUCCUAACAUUAUAAAAUAUGAUAUAAUGAAGAAUAAAAAAACAAGUUUUACUUAAACUUUUAUUUCCAUGGACAGUUAAUACAGCAGUUACGCCGUCCGGCCUGCAGGCGUCGCUGUGUGCGUCCCUCCACCGCUUCAGCAUAAAAGAAGAAGAAACGUGUUUCUUCUUUCUCAAGUCCUCCAACAAUGGCGCCGAUCAGGAGGUUGAAACGCGUGGCGGCCUCACAGCCAGGUUUUCUCAGUUUAAAGUCCAAUUCGGGCGCCGCAGGUUCGCCCGGUGGUCGGAGAAAACGUUUGAACAAGAACAAGAAGAAGAACUGGAACAAAUACAGCGACGUAAACGACGUAGAGGGUUUUUUAGCGGACGUCAGACUCCAGGAGAGGACCACGGGGGGUCUGCUGUCUGAGAAGUCAGAUGAAAAUUUAUUCUUUCUGGAUGCUGGACCACCAAAGAAAGCUCAACUAAGAGUAGUGGCACCCGAGGAGAAGAAGGGGAGGAACGGGAAGGCGUCACGUCCUCUGAGGAUAGACCUGAUCCUGCAGCAUGACUCCCUCAUUCCACCACCUAAAGACGUGCUGGCCUACCAGCUACCUAAUGCCAAGAAACUCCGUCGCAUUGCCCAGAAGGCCGAGCAGCUGGCAGCCAAAGGUGUGGUGCCGCGGAGGCAGAAACGGCUGCUGAACAGACAGCCGCUCGACGGGACAGCCAAGAAGGCAGCGCUGGAGGCCAACAACAACCCAGAGAGAGCAUACUACGACAUAUGGAAUCAAGAGUCCAAAGAUACAUCCGACCCCUGGUACCUUCAACAGACGGGAAAGAAGUGUGUCAAGCGUCCGGUUAGGAUGAAUGAGAAGCCGUCUGUGCUUCCUGCGGUGGAGGUGAUCGCUCCUGGAGGAUCCUACAACCCAGACUUCUUCUCCCAUCAGGCGUUGCUGCAGGUGGCCCACGAGGUGGAGGUCAAGAAACAGAAGGAGGAAGACAAAAUAGUGAAACAGCUGGCGGUCAACAGAGAACACUUCGCAACAGAGGAGACGGUCUUCAGAGAGCAGGUGGAAGGCCUCGUGGAAGAGGAGCAUGAAGACGAUGCUGCUAAUGAGGAAGAGGAGGGUGUGGCAGUGGGAGCCAUCGUAGUGGCCGUGAAGAAGACCGAGAGGCAAAGGAAGAAAGAGAGGGCAGACAAAAUAAAGGAGCAACGGCGACAGGCCCACAGAGUUCGGUCUGACAAGCGGCAGCAGCUCUUCCAGCUUCGCUCCAUAAAGACGUCCAUCAAACAGCAGGAAGAGGACACCAAGGAGAAACAGAUAAAACGCAAGAGCAACCAGGAGGCCCAGAAAGCUCAACCCAGACGUCUCGGCAAACUCAAGUUCCAGCCUCAGGACAUGGAGAUCCAGUUGAGUGACGAGCUGGCCGGCUCCCUGAGACAACUCAAGCCAGAGGGCAGCGUCCUCAAGGACCGCUUCAAGAGUCUGCAGAAGAGGAACCUGAUCGAACCUCGAGAGAGAGCCAAGUUCAAGAGGAGACUGAAGCUGAAGUAUGUGGAGAAGAGGGCUUUCAGAGAGAUCACUUGAAGCUGACCCGCAGACCAAAGGACCUGAACACACGGAGCUGAGCAGCAUUUUAAAGACUAACGCAUCAUAAUGGAAAUGUGUAUAUAUACAACUUAAUGACUGUUGAGGGCUUGUUUGACCCUUUAGACUAUUAUAACUGAUUUAAUGUCACAUCAGUGAGAUAAAGUGAAAUGAAAAG